AUGAUGCAUUCCGUUUCUAAGGGUCUUCUCCUGGUGCUGAGCAGCCACCUGCUCGCUGCUACUGCCCGUCCUGUGGCCACCGAGACUUCCACUGCCACGGCCACUGAAACUCCUGCAAGCUACGGAGAUUACGGCAACUAUGGCAAUUACGGUAACUACCAAGCCUACAAGAGGGACGGCGAGCCUGAGGCGGAUGAGACGACCACCAGCGUGUCGUCGACUGCCUCUGCCACCUCCACCACUGCUGCGGGAUAUGGCAGCUAUGGCAACUAUGGAGACUACGGCACCUAUGGUAGCUACCAAAACUACAAGCGUGGCGAAGAGCCCGAUCCCAGCUUGAGCACCACCGCCACUAUCCCUACCACCACUGCCCCUGCUAGCUACGGCGACUAUGGCAACUACGGAAACUACGGUAACUAUGGCAGCUAUGAAGCCUACAAGCGUGGCGAGGAGCCUGACCCCAGCUCCACCACCACCACUGCGGUCCCUACUACUACCGCCCCUGCUAGCUACGGAGACUAUGGAAACUAUGGCAACUACGGCAACUAUGGCAGUUACGAGGCCUACAAGCGUGGUGAAGAACCGGAUCCUAGCUCGACCACCACCACCGCGGUCCCUACAACCACUGCACCGGCCAGCUAUGGCGACUAUGGAAACUACGGCAACUAUGGCAACUACGGUAGCUACGAGGCGUACAAGCGUGACGAGGAGCCUGAGGUGAGCAGCACUGCUUCUGCGACGAGCUCAACCGAGUCUGCGACCACGACUGCAGCGAACUACGGCAACUAUGGAAACUACGGCAACUAUGGCAAGUAUGCCAGCUACGGCUCGUACAAGAGGGAUGCUGAGCCCCAGCCCGACCAGGACAGUGAGUCCUCGACCACCUCCGCUGCUAGCACGACCACUGCUGCUGCGGGAUAUGGGAACUACGGCAACUACGGCAACUAUGGCAAGUACGCUUCUUACGGCAGUUAUUAA